AUGUAUCUCUUGAAGCCCCUUCUCGCAACGUGGGCAUGCUUGGCCCAGGUCAGUUUCGCAGGGGUCGUCGCGUUCACCAAGUGGCCGACAACCGUGUAUACUGGCCGGCCCGCGACCAUGAGCUGGAUUGGUGACCCAAAUGCGGUAAGGGCUACACCAUUCUCCAAGUUGCCCAGUGCUAACAUUAGCAAGCCUGCAACAAUCACCUUGCGUCAAGGUCCGGCAAACAAUCUCAAGACACUCAAAGUUCUCACGACUCAGGCCGGUGGGGGUUCCUUCACAUGGGUGCCCGAAGAGUCUCUCCCCGAAGGCUCAGACUACGCCUUGCAAAUCGAACAGAACGGCAGUAUAAAUUAUUCUGGCCUCGUGAAGCUUGCUCAUCAGCCUGGCAAAGAGUCUCCGCCCUCAGCAUCCAAGAAGGCGCCGCUCCCCUCAGAUAGUGCUCCUCCGCCCCUUGGUGGCACGGGGAAUGGUGUUCAGAGAGGGAACAACGGCUAUAUCCCGGUCCUGAACAGCACUUCUCACCGAAUUAACAUGACGACCUCAAGCAAGAGCACGACCUCUUCGACAUCGAGCGACGGCACCUCUUUCAGAUAUGUCUCUCCUGAGGUGCUCCUCGGUGGCUUGGCUGUCAUCAUCUAUUUUGCCGCCUGA